AUGGGUGCUUUAUGGGCCUCUCGCUGUUUACCAGCCUUCAGCAUCGUGGCCUUGGUUGUUCUGCUGGUACUAGCGACUGAUACAGCAGUUCUGCCAUGGAAUGGUGAGCAUACUCCGCCUUCCAGCACUACAACAAGAGCGCCUUUGACUGGUGCCCAAAAUCUAUUCGUCGUCUACACCGUGUUCAUCCAUGCGAACAUACUAUUGUUCACCAUCCGACUGGCAUGGAGUUUCGUUGCGGCGCCGUUCAGAACCCAGCGAGUACUAGACCGGCGAUCCUCACCGGGUUAUAGCUAUGCGUCUAGUUCAGCAAGCGAAACUAGUCUAGACGGCCCGCCAUCUCCAACCACAUCCUCAGGGCUAUCGGCUUAUGAGGAAGAGAGUCUGAUGGGCGAUGAGACAACGCCAGAGGUCAUACACGCUAUUAUCCUUCCUAAUUACAGCGAGGAUAUCGACACGCUCAGAAUGACCCUCGGUGUUCUUGCCAGUCAUCCACGAGCACGAGGUCAAUACGAGGUCUAUCUUGCGAUGGAACAAAAAGAAAUAGGCGCCACAGACAAAGCAGGCCGAUUAGUCUCCGAAUAUGAAAAGUCCUUCCUCCGUAUCUCGACGACCUUCCACCCAGCCGGUCUACCGGGAGAAAUCCCAGGGAAAAGCUCCAAUAUUGCCUUCGCCGCUCGACAUAUCGCGAACGUCCACCAGGUAGAUCUCAACGAAGGAACCUCAAAUGUAGUCAUAACGGUCAUGGAUGCCGACACACACCUCCUGCAAGACUAUUUCAGCGAGAUUCGUCGCCUGCACUACGCCCAUCCCGCCGACGCAGACCACACCAUCUACACCUGCCCCAUCAUUUUCGACCGCAACUCCCACGAAACGCCCAUCAUGGUCCGCUGUGCCGACCUGCUUUGGGGGUUUGCCGGUCUCUCGACAAUGUACCUGGGCAGCAGCCUCUCCAUCCCGACGUCCGUCUACUCCCUGCCUCUUUCGCUCGCCGAAGACGUCGGCGGCUGGGACAGCGACGCCACAGCCAUCGGCGAGGACAUGCACAUGAUGCUAAAAUGCUAUUUUGAAACCGCCGGUAACGUGGUAACACGAGUGGUCUUUGUCCCAGCUAGCCAAUGCAACAUCUCCAGCGACGUGAACCGCGGCUGGCGAUGGACGCUCGACACCUGUCUCGCACGGUACCGACAAGCACUCCGCCACAUGUGGGGAGCGCUGGACUCAGGCUUCGCGGUGCGCCAGUCCAUCUCCCACCUGCGACGCUUCAACCGACGCUGGCUGCUCCUCCUCCCCCGACAUCUAGCGCUCCUGCAUCUGCUGUUUGAGGCACACUUCCUCCCCUGUCAUCUCGUCAUCCUCAUGCUGUACUCCGCCGCAUAUGAGAUGCUGUCCCCGGCUGGCACUCUCCAUCACAGCAUAGCUUGGGCGUUCUGGGUGACGGGAAUGCUGCGCGCGUCGUCGUUUGUCGGGAUGAACGUGUGUCUGGUGCUGUACGAGCGAUGGCACGCGCUGUGCCUUCGAGUCCGACGCAAGGACAUGCUAGACGCGAGCCUCCCGGACUGCGGAUUCUCGCCCCGCUGCUGGUGGCAUGUGUCGUUUCUACUGGAGCGGAUCUGCUUUCCCAUCGCGGGGACGCUAUACGGGCCGAUCCCAACGUUCCACGCCGUGUUUUCGCAUCUGUGGACGGAUCGGCUGGAGUAUCGGGUUAGCAAGAAGCCUGUGUUUGGGGAGAAAUGUGUUUAG